AUCGAGCCAUCCAAGACCCUAGCAUCCGCUGCACGGCUAGAGAUUUUAGUGUCCGGUGUCGCGGUCCUGACAUACAACACAAUUUCCAUGGUGAUGGAUACAGAGCAGCAUCGUAAGGAUUAUCCGGAACCUCACCGCUCGCAUUCUAUAUCGUCAUCAUCUAGGUCUUCUGAAUAUCCCUCAUCUCAACAAGGCAGCAAUUCUGAUUCUCGCAUUAGUGGCUUAUCUAGAGCCAUCGGCGACGACUUCGGUCCUGCUCGUUCAGUGCCUUCAUUUGGAAGGAAGAGACAAUUCGUAAGAUCAGAUAACAUUAUGACGGCGAAUUUUGUGAAACUUUAUAUUGCUAACCUCCCAAGAACAGCUAAAGAAGAAGAUAUUCGUGCCGUGUUUGAGAAACAUGGAGAUAUUGUUGAGGUUGUUCUUGUGAAGGAUAAAAGAACUGGUCAGCAACAAGAAUAUUGUUUUCUAAAAUAUGCAAAAGUUGAGCAGGCGGAUGGGGCUGUAGCCGCAUUUGUCAAUCAAUAUACUUUUCCGGGAGCCAUGUAUCCAUUGGAAGUGAGAUAUGCAGAUGGAGAAAAGGAACGACAUGUUAGUCUGAAGGAACAAGAAUAUAAGUUGUAUGUUGGAUGUAUAAAUAAGCAAGCGUCGAUAAAGGAACUUGAAGAGAUUUUUGCUGCUUAUGGCAUUGUUGAAGAUGUAUUCAUUGUGCGUGAUGAGAUGAAGCAAAGUCGGGGAUGUUGUUUUAUUAAAUUUUCACACAAGGAUAUGGCAGUUGCUGCUAUAAAUGGGCUUAAUGGAACAUACUUCAUGAAGGGUUGCGAUCAGCCAUUCAUUGUCCGUUUUGCAGAUCCCAAGAAGCCCAGAGUUGGGGAACAGAGAGAUUACAAUAAAUUUGGAGCUUCAGGUUAUCCUCAGCAUUUUCAAGAAAAAUGUGACAGAGCAGCACCUUGUAAAAAUGACCCAUUGGUUAGCCAUACAUUAGAUGGUGCUUCUAAUCGACCAAAUUUGCAGAUGACACAACACUCUUGCUUGGGACUUACGAGCAUUAAAGAUACAUUAGAUUCUGAUUGGAGUGAACACACGUGCCCUGAUGGUUACAAGUACUAUUACAACUGUGUAACUUGUGAAAGCCGGUGGGAGAAAUCUGAGGACUACUCUGAUUAUGAAAAACCUAUUCAGCAACAUCAUUUUUAUCAAGAGGUGACUUCACUGCCACCACAUAUUUCUUACCAGCAGCAAUGAGACAUUUUUUAUGAUAUUCACAUUCAACCCUAUAUGGAUGAUACUGUUCUUGUUGCUUCAG